GCUCGGGAAAAGCACACGAGUCUCGACCUGCCACGGCGCACACAAAACUCAACCUGCCGCACUAUUCCUGCCGCUGUCUUUGCCUCUCACACACACAUCUUUCAUACCCACAUACAUUCUGGGCACUCGAGAUCAAGGCUUUGUAGCUCUUCCAAGCUCACACAAAGCGGUACUCUGACCAUAGCAACGCGGUUCAUUCAUCAGACACAGCUCACACACAGCUCACGUCACAAUGAGGUUGUUGACAACCGUCGUCUCCCUCGCGCUGGCGACCAAUGCUGUCGCCAGCAGCAGCUGGUUCAGCAAGGCUGCAUACAACAAGUGGCACGAGACGGAACUCGAGCGCUGGCUGUCGGACCACGACAUUCCCUACCCUACCCCGGCUGACCGCAAGGAUCUCGAGAAGAUCAUCCAAGACAACUGGGACGCUUAUGCGGUCUCGCCUUACAAGAACUGGGAUACCGACAGCCUGGCUGCUUAUCUCAAGGCCCGCGGCAUCGAGACCAAGAACGCUGCGGUCGAGAACAAGGACGCCCUCGUCUCGCAGGUCCAGAACAGCUGGUACGAGACCGAGGACAAGGCUCAGUCCGCCUGGAGUAACGCCCGCGAUUGGAUCCUCGAUACCUGGACCGACAGCUCUCUCAAAGCCUUCUGCGACAAGCACAACAUUCCUGUCCCCCAACCGCGCAACCGUGACACCCUCCUCCAGAAGGCCCGUUCCAACUACGAGGCUGUAGCCAAGAAGGCCGGCGAGGCGGCCGCCUACCCUGGCAACUGGCUCUACGAAUCCUGGAGCGAGUCUGAUCUCAAGGAAUGGCUCGAUACCCACGGCUUCCCUGCUCCCCAGCCUACCACUCGUGACAAGCUCAUUGCGUCGGUUCGCCGCAACUCGCGCAUCGCCUACUUGAAGGCCCAGGACCAGGCGGCCUCGGCUUCCGCCAGUGCCAAUGCCGCCUAUGCUACUCUCACCGACAAGAUUAUUGACGCCUGGAGCGAGUCCCAGCUCAAGGAGUUUGCCGACAAGAACGGAAUCAACGUCCCUCAAGGCACCAAGACCAACGAGCUGCGUGCCCUCGUCCGCAAGCGCCGUGCUGCUCUCCUCGGUGACACCGUGGGCAGCACCGCCGCCAGUGCUUUUGGCGCUGCUACCAGCAAGGCCGGCAACCAGUACGCCAAGGCCACCAACGAUGCGAGCCUGGCUGCCCAGGAGGCUUUCGACGAGGCUGUCUCCACCUGGUCCGAUAGCAGACUCAAGGCUUACCUCGAUGCCCGUGGCAUCCCUGUCCCCCAGGCAUCCAAGACCGACGAGCUCCGUGCUCUGGUCCGCAAGAACGCUCACAAGGCCGCUUCCGGGUUCAACGCAUGGACCUGGGACGACCUUUCUUACGAGAAGCUCAAGGCUUAUCUCGCCAGCAGUGGUAACGAGGCCGGCAAGAAGAUCAGCGAGAGCAGUGGUGCCACCCGUGACGAGCUGCUCGCUGCCGCGCAAUCUGCGUACGCCUCGGCUUCUAGCGCUGGUGGUGACAGCUACGCAUCUGCCACCAACUACCUCGCCUUGGCCACCGAGGCCGCCAAGUCCAAUGUUUUCGACACCUGGAGCGAGAGCGAGCUCAAGGCCUACCUCGACAGCUACGGCGUUCCCGUUCCCCAGGGCUCGACCUUGAACCAGCUCAAGGCUCUAGCCCGCAAGCAGUCCACUUACUUCAAGUACGGCACCUCGAGCCCCUCUGGCACCGCGUUUGCCAAGCUGGGCGAGAGCGUUAAGGGCGCAUACCAGUGGGUUGUUGACCAGGUCGGCGCCGGCUCUACUGCUGCCAAGCAGAAGGUCCAGGACAAGGUCGAGUUGUAAAUGUUUUUGACAUUUGCCAGCGCUUUCUCAACAAUAGACUCUACGAGUCACGCUGUGAUAUGAUGGAUACGGGGACGAUAAGGUGGGGAAGUGGAAGAAGUAGCGAUGCUUUCAUGACUUUACGAAAAAGAGAUCCUUCGGAUCAGCCCUGUAGUUUACCCAUGUACUUGAUACUACCCGCAAAUCAGGGUAUUUGCUGGUCAGCUUAUGACGCGGCUGACUUCGCGCGGCGCCGGGAGAUGCACACAAUUCAAUGAUUUAAUGAC